CAUAUUCGAGUUGUCGAGUUGUGAGAUGGCGAAACAAGGAGCAGUCUUACAGGGCUACAACAAUGAGUUGGUCAAAUGUAUCGAGGACCUUUGCACCAAACGUGAUGAGCUUCAACGUCAGAUCGUUUUAGAAGAGGAAGAAAAGUCAAAGAUUCAAAACGAUUUACGAAUUUUGACUGAAAGACUCGCCAGAAUUAAUGAAAGCUUGGCAAAAAAGAUGGCACUUAGAAACGAUUACGACAGGACAAUUUCGGAGACUGAGGCAGCCUACGUGAAGAUUUUGGAAAGUUCGCAGACUUUGCUGCAUGUGCUAAAAGAAAAGUCAACUACUAGCCACGGUUUUGGACCGAAAGACAGAAGUCUAAUGUCAGGGCAACCUCCAUCCUAGCUAAUUACUGUACAUGUACAUGUCUUGAAAAUUUUGAAGCUUGCUACGUGGAUGUAGAAUCGCAAUCACAGCCAAGCUGUGUUGAUACUGUGUACAGUUUCUUUAGAGUUUGUUAUUGCAGAAUGUGUGUGAAUAAUGUUACGAGGUUACCAGGGACAACAAGGCGCAUGCGCUUAUUGUUUCAUAAUGGCGAGUGACGUUAGGUUGGUUCGAAAACCGAAAAGAGACGAUGUAAGACAUCGAAUAGAGGAUAUCUUCUACUUGCCACAGCUUUAGAAUGCAGCUUAUAAUUGAUUAGAUUUAGAUUCUAGGGUC